GGACAAACAAAUACCAUUUUCAAAAUGUUUUCUUUUUUGUUCAACAGAAAAGAGAGACUCAGCAAGUUUGGAACACGAGGAGGGAAAGAAAAUAAUGACUAUUUACUUUUUUGGAUGAACUAUACCUUUCAGGCCAACAACAAACUACAUGUUUGCGGUUUACAUUGUAAUUUGUCGCCCCCCAGUGACCAGUUGGUAAAUUAUUAUUUUCUGUAACUGCACACAGAAGACAAGCAGAUAUUGCAAAUCAUAAUAAUAAUAAACGGGCACGCACGCUCAUUUUAAGAGCAUAAUGAUGAGACACUAAUUGUCAUAUUUGCUGCAUGUCAGUGUUGAAACCAGGUCGAAAUUUGAAUUCUGAGGUAUGCUCCCAUGCGCAUGCGCGCAGCUCACAGCAUCAGGAAACGAAUCAACAAACGCCAGGAUUCCGCGUGGAUCUCUUAACAUGGAUUCAGCAUGGACUGCUCUUGAUAUGGAAACUCAGACUAUGCUUAAAACAGCGAUUAAAGAUCCCAAGACAGUAGAUUUGGAGAAGCUGUCUAAUGCUGUCGUAGAACAUUCUUUGAAAGACCUGUCAUUCUGUAAAGAUGCUGGCCGCAUGUGUUAUGCUGUUGUUCAGGCAGAGGCUCAGAAAACUGCAUCCAGUGUGUUCAGGCGAAAUCUGUUGAACCGUUUACAGCAGGAGUUCAUUGCAAGAGAAGAGACAAGAAAACGCUCAAUGCAGGAGUGGGUGUGUGUGGUCACAUUUAUCUGCAGCAUUUUUGAUUAUAUCAAGGUGAACAAUUCUCCCAUUGCAGCCCUUGUGGAUCCAGUGUAUGACUGCCUCUUUGGAUUGGCUCAGCCUGAUUCUUUGAUGAAUGAGGAAGAGGUGGACUGCCUGGUUGUACAGCUACAUCGUGUUGGCGAACAGCUGGAGCAAACAAAUUCCGAGCGCAUGAAUCAGCUGUUUUACUUGCUGCGAGAUGGUUUUCUCCUUCAGGAAGACCUCAGCUCAAUGACAAGACUCUUGCUCUUAGAGAUCCUGGAGUUCAGGGCCAGUGGCUGGACUCUCAGUGAGACCGCUCACAAGUAUUACUACAGUGAAGUAGCUGACUGAGGAGAGAAUGUGCUUUCUUGUUAAAGUUUUAAAAUGUUCAGUGUUCUCAGAAUGUCUGAAGAGUACUUCAUGGGAUCCCAUGUAGGGGUACUGUAACAGUACGGCAGAGCUCGUUCAUGCAUAUGCAUGUGUUGUGUUCAGCGUUUCAGUUUAGCUCAGAAUGUUUAGGUCUUUUGAGGACAAUGUGUUGAGUCUGCACUGGAUGAAGUUUUGAUGCAAUAAGAAAAGCAAUCACUACCAGCCGUAAAACUGUCACCAGCAGUAUUCUUGAUUUGUGGAUUACAUUUUUAAUUGUCAAAUUGUUCUUAGUGGUUUGACACCGUGUACGUUUUGUAUGUACACAUUCAACAUUUUAUAGCACAGGAUUACUGCAACCUUAAUAGGAGCUUCUCUAGUCUUAAUCUGGGUUAAUACUUUGUUUCUUAAUUUAUACAAUUUUUAUAUUGUUCAAGUUGCUGUGUGAGACAAUAUGGUUGAAAACAUGUUCAUGUAAGUUGUGCUAAGUUAUUUUGAAUAAAAAAAAAAAUUGAAAAUGAAA